CGCUUGUUCUUCAUUUAAUGCAAAGAUUCCUACCUUCCUCAUAUAACUAGUAUCAUUCGUUUUUAUUUUCCCAUUGAAUUAUUUCACACGGUGCUAGGAAACGUGAAAUUCUCCUUAAUUUUUGUUGUUAAAAAAUACAUUGGUUUGCUGGAAAGCGGUCUUUGAUUCUUUUUCACCUAACGUUCUAUGGUUUUGUUAAUUUGACUGGUUGAUGCUUUGUUCUUUCCUCUCUUUUUUCUCAUUUCGGUGGUCGAUUGAAUUUGUUAAGUAUAUAUCAGCCAAGACCCAAGACCCUGAUUUCUUUUAUAUAUUCUCUCUGGAUUUUGACGUCUACUACUAGUACUAGUUAUUCUUUUCUUAUAUGAACUGGUCAUUUUGGUCUAUACAAGGUUCUGGAUCUAAUGAGAUGUUUCGAGAGGAUUUUGUAGUUCAGGAUUUUUUCCCUUUUUGUGAUUUUUCUGAGUUUUUUUUUCUUUCUUUCUUUUUACAGCAUGAAGGUUUGGAAAUUUUGAGGACUUUUAUAUUUGGGAACUGUUGUUCGCAGAUUUUUACUGUUUUUGGGUCAACUUGGAUUUCCUUAGUGAUUAAGGUUUUAGUCAUUCAGCUAAAUUUGAAUCUUUGAAGUUGUAGGCAUAGUGGGGUUUUAGUUUUGAAUUUGGUUCUUUCACAUUUGAGGCAUUUGUUUUCUGAAUUAUUGUAUUUGGACAUUGAGAACUAAAUUUUAGAGGGUUUUGUUUGGGGUUUAAGACUUGAAGCUUUUUAUUGGAUACAAUGGGGAGUAAUGGCAUUGAAUGUUCAAGGAAAGAUUUACAAGAGGAAAGUGUUAGCAAUAACAGAAGUAAGGGAGUACUUAAGGACAGUGAACAGACAGAUGAAGUAGACGAAUCAGCAAUGGAAUAUAGGUCUUCUGAUGAUCAAUCCUUUUCAAGUUGUUAUGAGAAAGAAGAGAAUCAGAAGUCAAGUUCAGAGCAGAAGUCAUCGGUUAUAGAGGUUUCCGAGACGAAACAAUCGAGUGUUUCAUCUACUCCCAAAAGAGGUCUGGAUCAUUGUACCAGUGCACCACUUGCUGCCCAAGGAAACCAGUUAAUUGAUGACAAUGAGAUUGCAUUCUCUAGGUCAAUGACGGAGAAGAAAAACUCAAGGCAUGAUCUAAAAAUAGAUAGACUCUCAGAGCGUGAAAAGGUGAUUGAGAGACUUACUCGAUGGAAAAAUCUGAUUGUUAACCUUAUCAAGAUCCAAAAUGAUGGGACAGUAGAAGUUGAUCUACCUAAAAAUUCACCUGUAGCUUCAGAAUUGUUAGAACUUUCCUCUAUUGAAGGGCCAUCAUUUGAUCUUGAUGAUACUUUGUUCUAUGAGACUACUAAAUCUAUCCCAAGGUUGAAUAUUGCCAUCCUUGUGGUUGGAACAAGAGGAGAUGUACAACCUUUUCUGGCUAUGGCAAAGAGACUUCAGGAGUUUGGUCAUCGUGUUAGGUUGGCAACUCAUGCUAACUUCCGCAACUUUGUAAAGUUGGCUGACAUUGAUUUUUAUCCUCUGGGUGGUGAUCCUCGAGUCUUGGCUGGAUAUAUGGCCAGAAAUAAAGGUUUGAUUCCGUCUGGACCUGGGGAAAUAUCGAUACAGAGAAAGCAACUGAAGUCCAUUAUUGAGUCUCUUCUUCCUGCAUGCACAGAGCCUGAUAUAGAAACAGGCAUGCCAUUCAGAGCACAAGCAAUCAUUGCAAACCCUCCAGCCUAUGGACAUUCUCAUGUUGCAGAGGCUCUUGGUGUUCCCCUUCACAUAUUCUUCACCAUGCCUUGGACGCCAACAUCUGAAUUUCCUCAUCCAUUGGCCCGUGUUCCUCAGAGUGCUGGAUACUGGCUUUCCUAUAUAGUUGUGGACUUACUGAUAUGGUGGGGCAUAAGAGGAUAUAUUAAUGACUUCAGGAAAAAGAAGUUGAAACUUGCUCCCAUCGCAUACUUCAGUACAUAUAAUGGAUCAAUAUCUCAUUUACCAACUGGCUACAUGUGGAGUUCUCAUCUUGUGCCAAAGCCAAAAGAUUGGGGUCCCUUGGUUGAUGUUGUUGGUUACUGUUUUCUGAACUUGGGGUCAAAGUAUCGUCCUCGAGAAGAGUUUGUGCAGUGGAUUCAGAAAGGACCACAACCCAUAUAUAUUGGUUUUGGAAGCAUGCCUCUUGAUGAUACCAAGAAAACGACAGAUGUUAUUUUGGAGGCAUUAAAAGAUACAGGACAAAGAGGAAUAAUUGACCGAGGUUGGGGAGAUCUGGGGCAGUUUACAGAAGCUACUGAGAAUGUUUUCCUCAUAGAAGACUGCCCUCAUGAUUGGUUGUUUCCUCAGUGUUCAGCCGUGGUGCAUCAUGGUGGUGCUGGAACCACAGCCACGGGACUUAAAGCUGGGUGUCCAACAACCAUAGUGCCGUUUUUCGGAGAUCAGUUCUUUUGGGGUGAUAGAGUACAUCAGAGAGGGCUUGGGCCUGCACCAAUACCAAUAUCAGAGCUCAGUAUUGAGAAGCUUUCAAAUGCUAUAACAUUCAUGCUCCAGCCAGAGGUGAAAUCCCUUGCAAUGGAGUUAGCAAAAUUGAUAGAAAACGAAGAUGGUGUUGCAGCUGCAGUCAACGCAUUUCACCGGCAUUUACCUCCGGAGCUACCAUUGCCUACUGCAGCUUUGGAGGAAAAUGAUCGUCCAAACCCAUUACAGUGGUUCUUUCUUCAAAUUGGAAAAUUGUGCUGCCUUCCUUGUGGACUGUGGAAUUCAUAGUUGAUCCUACAGAUAAGUUAUUAACCUUUUUCAUCACUUACAUCAUUUUUUUUUUCCUUGUUUUAAAUUUUUGGGUAUUUUUUCAUUACAUUGAUGGGUUUGAGAAAAAGGGAAUUGGAUAGCAGUUUAGAGUUCAUCCAUAGUGUGCAACGGCAUUAGGCUUUCUUCUGUUACCAUUUGUAAAGGUAGUAGUAUUGAUAGAUUAAGCUUUGAUUACAGUAAUAAUAAUUACCCAUUCAUUGGUCGUUUGGUUCUCUUUCCAUUAAUUGGUCGUUGUAUUUUCCUUGGUUGGACAUGACAUUGAAAGGUAAUAAAUAAUUUGAUUUAAAUAUUA